CUCCACCGGGAAGGUAACCAUUAUCAUUUUAGUUGUUAUUAUUACUAAGAAAUCUCCUUCGAGAAAGGAGAUGAGUCAAGCUCCCGAGCAUGGACAGGCUGGUCGCCAGGGAGAACAGGAGCACGUAAGAAUGCACACUGAAGCGUCAAGCUUCAUGCCACAACAGGAGGUUCCGGAGCUGCAGGUUCCGCACCCAAUCGCUGUCCCCCAGGCUAUUCCUCUGCAGCCGCAGCUGGCAUCCAACAUGCUCAACCUCCUCCAGAUGGCGGGGGCGUACGUACCACCACCGCCGCCACCUCUGGUGGUUGUGGUCACCAUUGAGAAACUGAAAAAGAACGGAGCAGAGGAGUUCCGUGGCAACCAGAUCGCCGACCCCAUGGUUUCUAAGCGCUGGCUCGAGCGCAUAAGUCAAGCCCUCGGAACCUUGUGGGUUCCAAUGGAGCAAAAAGGCGACUUGGCCACCGCUUUACUUCAGGAUGCCGCCUAUGAUUGGUGGAAACGCACGGGAGCGAACGUCCCAGAGCCAGUGCCGUGGGCAACAUUUGAUGAGCUUUUCCGUGAGGAGUACGUACCCGAGCAUUUCAUGGAGGAGAAGCAAGAGGAAUUCAUGAAGUUCACCGAGGGUGAACUUACACUAUAGGAGUACCGUCAAAAGUUUUAUGAGCUGGCCGAGUUUGGCCAAGAUUUGGUACCUACGAUGGAGAAGCACUGCAAGCGCUUCAUGGAGGGAUUACGCCCUGACCUGUCCUCUGGGCCGGUCUCUGCACCUCGGCAUGGCAUCAACGACCUGUACAAGCAGGCAUUGGAACUACAAGCGGCUCAACUCAAGAAGGCCGAGUACGAGCAGGCCCAGACGAUGCAUCCUCGUCCACCUCUGCCACCCAGUUCUAGCUAGAGCAGCAAGAGGCCUCUCCCCGUACCGAGCAGCUCGCACACGAGCAAGAAAGCAAGUCAGCACCU